AUGGAUUUCAAUACCCAGUUCAAUAUCUUGGGUCAAUCAAAACCUCAAUCCCAACAACAACAACAACAACAACAACAACAACAACAACAACAACAACAACAACAACAACAACAACAACAACAACAACAACAACAACAACAACAACAACCUCAAUCCCAACAACAACAACAACAACAGCAACAAAUACUAUUACAACAACAACAACAAAUACUAUUACAACAACAACAACAGCAGGAAUUGAAUAGUAAUGGAAAUGCAGGUGCAACUUUGAAUCAACAACUGAGACCUACAGCAUUAACAAUUUCUCAAAUUCAAGACAUUUAUAAGCGGUUGCAACAGUUAAAAUUUCAGCAUGGUAAUGCUGUAACUAGAAUGCCUGAAUAUAUUAAACUAUCUAUGUUUCUAGCUAAAGAUCCCAACUUCCAGAAGAUUCAAUCACAUUUACAACAAAAGGCCAGACAACAACAACAACAACAACAACAACAACAACAACAACAACAACAACAACAGCAGCAACAGCAGCAACAGCAGCAACAGCAGCAACAGCAGCAACAGCAGCAACAGCAGCAACAGCAGCAACAGCAGCAACAGCAGCAGCAACAGCAGCAGCAACAACAGCAACACCAUAAUGGUUCUCCAGCAUUCAAUCAGUUUAAUAAUUCCAAUUAUAAUAGCCCAUUGGGGCCAAAUACUUCUUUUUCAUCAUCUCCAAAUGACUUGCUAGCUCAACAGAGAAGGCAAAUAUUGCUUAAACAACAACAGCAACAGCAACAAGCACAGGCACCUCUGCAGCAACAACAACGAGAGCAAGCACAGGUACCUCUGCAGCAACAACAGAGUAGGGAACAACUACUUCAGGGUCAGAAUUCCACUCCUGCUCAAUUGACGGGUUCUCCAGUUUCUAAUCAACAACCCUCUAAUCAACCAUCUUCUAUAUUUCAUCCAAUACAAGCUCAUAUCCUUAAAUUUCAAAUUGCAACAUUCAAGAAAUUCAUUCAGAAUCAACCACUACCUCCUGAACUAACUACUCUAAUAACAGCAAGUUAUGAGCAACUACAGAGGCAAAGAUUCCAACAAGCGCAGAAUGGACAACCGAUCCAGCCGCCCCCACCCCCACCACCACAGCAACAACAGCAACAGCAGCAAUCACCACAAAUACAACUUCAACAACCGCCACCACAGCCCCAACCAUUGCAACCCAUGCCUCAAGUUGAAUCACAACGGUCACCUCCAGCAUCUUCUCCAGCUCAACAGGUACUUUUGAACAACCAGUUUUCCAAUCAUCAACAGGAUAUUCAGAAUUUAUACAGACAGGCAAAUAUUCAAAAGCAAGUCCAGGCUCAACAACUUCAGAAGAUCCAACCUCCUAAAAAGGAAAACGAAAAAGAACAGAAGAAAGCUCAAAGAAAACAGAAGAAAGUCGCCAAUCUUGAUACUACUGCUGGGUUUGCGACACCUAGUGCAUUGCAACUUAAUCAACCUAUUGAUGAAACUCCCGUGAAGAAAAAUUACAUCUUGCCUCCUCGUCCACCUCAAAGUUUGGGAAACUUAGAAAAACUAUACCCUAACGCUAAGAUUGAGAACGUCUACAACCCCCUUGCAAGAGUUGAUUCGUUUAUUAUACCUAAUGUGACUUCAGAAUUUAGUUUUGAGUUUUUCAAUACUCCUAAAUCCAAAAUCUAUACACCUUCAGUCUAUCCAAAUGCUUUAGACCUUGAAACCGCUAACGAAUUAAAAAAGCUGCAUGAAAAUUUAUUAAUACAAUUGGAGCUUGAAAAUUUGGAGGAAAUUGCAAGACAUGAAUCUACUUACAAAUAUGAUUUUGAAGCAUUCAAAUUGCUACCGUACCAACGAGCUUUACGAGGUUACGUUUUAUCGGGGAUUUUCCACCAGAAUAUGCUUCUGAUUAACCAUUUACCGAAUUUUAGUGCCAAAGUUAGAUCCAUCAACCUCGAAGAUGCGUCUUUGACUAAUGCACUGUACUUAGAACAAAAAAAAUUAAAGAAUGAGAAGGAGAGAAGUGACCUCAUUAACAAACAACAAAGCUUAUUAAAUGCUUCUGAUAGUUACAAGAAGAUAUUAAUGGAUAAAAAAUCCAAGUAUCAAAAAUUGGCUAAAAAUCUUACUGCUUUUCAUCAACAAACUGAAAAGGAGGAACAGAGAAGGAUCGAAAGAAAUGCUAAACAAAGAUUACAAGCUUUAAAGGCAAACGAUGAAGAGGCCUACGUGAAGUUGCUUGACCAAACAAAAGACACCAGAAUUACUCAUUUAUUAAAACAAACUAAUUCUUUCUUGAGCAGUUUGACAGAUGCUGUGAGAGAUCAGCAAAAGGAAACCGUUGAAAAAAUGGUUAAAGUUGGACAUACAGAAGAUGGGAUUGUAGAACAGCCUGAUGAGGGUAUCGACAGUGAUGAAAGUGAUUAUGAGAACGAGGAGGAACGUGAACGCCGUUUAGUUGAGAAGAAACAAGAUUUGGAUUAUUACAAAGUUGCUCACAAAAUUCAAGAGAAAAUUGAAAAGCAACCUUCUAUUCUUGUUGGCGGUACGCUAAAAGAGUAUCAGUUGAGAGGCUUGGAGUGGAUGGUUUCUUUGUUCAACAAUCACUUAAAUGGUAUUUUAGCCGAUGAAAUGGGGUUGGGUAAAACUAUCCAGUCGAUCGCACUACUCACUUAUAUUACCGAGGCCAAGAAAUUACCUGGUCCAUUUUUAGUCAUUGUUCCCUUAUCCACAUUGCCUAAUUGGAACAAUGAAUUUGAUCACUGGGCUCCAAGCUUGAAGAAAAUCAGUUAUAAGGGUUCACCUGCUUACAGAAAAGAGUUAGCACAGCAGGUUAAAUCUGGCGAUUUCAAUGUUCUGCUAACAACUUACGAGUAUAUCAUCAAGGACAAAUAUCUACUAUCUAAGAUUAAAUGGGUACAUAUGAUCAUCGAUGAGGGUCACAGAAUGAAAAAUACCAAAUCUAAACUAUCUUACACAUUAAAUGAAUUUUAUCAUACUGAUUACAGAUUGAUUUUGACGGGUACUCCCUUACAAAACAAUUUACCCGAAUUGUGGGCCCUCUUGAACUUUGUGUUACCUAAAAUCUUUAACUCUGUUAAAUCUUUCGACGAAUGGUUUAAUACACCGUUUGCCAACACUGGUGGUCAAGAUAAAAUUGAGCUAUCUGAAGAGGAAACUUUAUUGGUUAUCAGGAGAUUGCAUAAGGUGUUGAGGCCAUUUUUACUAAGAAGACUAAAGAAGGAUGUUGAGAAAUCAUUACCUAAUAAAGUUGAACGAGUCAUCAAGUGUAAAAAAUCUGGCCUACAAGCCAAAUUAUAUUCACAGAUGCUCAAAUAUAAUAAAUUAUUUGUGGGUGAUAAAGAAAACAAAGCAGUUGGCAUCAAAGGUAUGAACAAUAAGUUGAUGCAGUUAAGGAAGAUUUGUAACCAUCCUUUUGUUUUUCCUGCUAUUGAAGAUAUGAUUAAUGCAUCACAUCAAAAUAAUGACUUAAUUUGGAGAACCAGCGGUAAGUUUGAGCUUUUGGAUAGAAUUUUACCGAAGUUCAAAGCUACUAAUCAUAGAGUUUUGAUGUUCUUUCAAAUGACCCAAAUUAUGGAUAUUAUGGAAGAUUUUCUUCGUUUUAGAGAUAUUAAAUACAUGAGAUUAGAUGGUGACACUAGAGCAGAUGAUAGAACGGAAUUAUUGAAGGAUUUCAACGCAGAGAAUUCACCGUAUGAUGUUUUCCUACUUUCAACAAGAGCUGGGGGUUUGGGUUUGAAUUUACAAACAGCUGAUACUGUUAUUAUUUUUGAUACAGAUUGGAAUCCACACCAAGAUCUUCAAGCACAGGAUAGAGCACAUCGUAUUGGGCAAAAGAAUGAAGUCCGUAUUCUUAGGUUAAUUACAACUGAUUCUAUUGAGGAGUAUAUACUAGAGAAGGCUCAUCAAAAACUGGAUAUUGAUGGGAAGGUUAUUCAAGCUGGUAAAUUUGAUCAAAAAUCUACAGCAGAAGAACAAGAAGCUUUACUUCGUAAACUAAUAGAAAAUGAAGACCAACAAAAUGAAAAGGACGAAGAUUUGAAUGAUGAAGAUUUGAAUGAAUUAUUGGCUAGGAAUGAAGACGAGAUUAAAAAGUUCAGAGAGGUUGAUGCAGAAAGGGAGAGGCAAUGGAAUUCCGAGUUACCAAGAUUGUAUUCUGAAGAAGAGCUACCUGAAAUAUACAACCAGGAACCAGAGCCCGAAGAAGAGCCGAAAGAAAAUUUACUAAUGAAUUAUGGAAGGGGAACCAGGGAACGUAAGGUUACUCAAUAUGAUGAAAAUAUGACAGAAGAACAAUGGUUGAGAGAAAUUGAUGGAUUGGUUAGUGAGGACGAAGAAAAAUUUCCGAAGAAAAGGCCAAGGAAAUCUUUGAAGAAGAAAAAAGAAGAAUCAAGGGAAGGAACAUCCGAUUCAAUCAAUGAAGAUGCUACUGAAGACACCCAUGAUGAUAAGAGAAUGAAGAGUUCCUCAAAGAAAAUUGGCAUCAAAACGACCUCACCAAGUCGAACCCCUGAAGUUUCAGAUGGAAUAUCUGCGCCUUUGGUUCGUAGAAGGAAAAACUUUGGUUCGUUACCACUUUCCAGAGAAAUUUAUCCCAGCGAAGACCCAACCCCCAAAGACCGUGCUGAGUUGCAGAUGAGAAUGUCAGCCAUAUUGGACCAUAUUCAAAAUUAUGCUAAUCCAGUUGGAAGAAAACUUUGUAAGAUUUUCAAUUCUAAACCUCAAAGAAGGUUAUAUCCAGAUUAUUAUGUGAUAAUCAAGAACCCCAUCGCGUUUGAUACAGUCAAAAGGAGAGUUAAUAAUUGGACAUAUAAUACGCUUGAAGAAUAUAUGUUUGACAUUCAUUUAAUUUUCAAGAAUGCAAGGCUUUAUAACCUGGAAACUUCAGUGGUAUAUUCUGAUUCGAUGAUUCUUGAAUCUCAAGCGUUGAAAAAGUACGUGGAAUAUAUUCACAAACCUCUAGAUUUCUCAGAAUUUGAUCUACGGUAUGGAUUGCAUAAACCCAACGGGGAUCCAAUUAGUGACCCGACUGUUAGAUGGGAUGAAGAAAAGCAAGAAGCAUAUAUCAUAGAAGAAGAGGAAGAAGAAGAAGAAGAUGAACAGGAGGGGAAGAAGAAGGAAGACAACGAGCGAUACACCAAUGCAGAAGCAGAUGAGGCUAAGCGUCAAAAAACGAUGAAAGCGGAGAAGGUAGUGUGCUACAAGUAG